AUGAGCGUGGCACGCCCGGUGCACAGCCUCCUGGGCAGGUGUAUCGCCUCGACCCGAUCCCGAGCUGGCUCCCCAACCGCGACAUCAGUCGUGCAAUGCCAGCAAUUCCACAGCUCGGCACCGCGCUCCAAGCGGCGGUCACGGUUCCGGAAUGUCAAGGCCGAGGAAAUGGGGCUUCUGAACCCCUCUGUGCUGUCGAAAUAUCGCCAGGAGAAGUUCCCCGACUACACCAAGGAGGAGCUGGAGCUCCUGAAGCAAAAGUACACCCCCGAGCAGCUGGAGGCUCUUCGGGCCGGAGAGGAAGCCAUCAACACAGAUGACGUGAUUAUUCAGGGCCGUCUGCGCGACGACCCUUACCGACCGAACUACAUCGAGGACUUUACGGUGCUCGAUCCGAGAUAUGAUGUUAAGCCCAAGGUCGACGUCACUCCCAAGCAGCCGGAGUGGCUGAGCCACAACGAAUGGGUAGACCAGUACGGCUCGAAAAUGUCACAAAUGACGGAUACAAAGACCAGUCAUCAGCUCACGAGAGCCAUGGUCCGCGCCCUGAGGAGGGUAAAGGAGAGCAGCGGCACGGAAUUGAUAGACCUGACCGAGGAUGAGCUCAAGGAUCUUGAAAAUGAUCCUGAACUGCUCAAGAAGUAUCUCAUCGAAGAGGAUGGGAAGCAGGAGCCGGACGCUAAUGCUUCGGGGCCGGAUCUGUUGACGAGAGCGCAGGCUAUGAAGCUCGACGAGGCAGUGGACGCAGAGUGGAAAAAGGAGUUGGACAAGCUAUCGUCGAUGACGGACGAGAGCGAAGUCGAGCCCAGCAACUUGGAGUUGCUGGCCGACGGUCCCGCUGGAGUCAACCGUGCCUACUCUGCCGAAGCUGCUGAGUUGGGCAAGGUCCCCGGCGUCGAGGGUCUGUACAAGUCGGCUGCGGAUCCCGAGGACGAGGGCCAGGAUGACGGCGGUCACUACCAGGAGAUCAAGCGGCUCACGGGCAUGACGCUCAAAGACAUUCAGUCCAUCUACCGCAAGGUGCUCGUCACGCGAUGGGUUUCCAACCAGACCCGUCUGGGUAAAGUACGCAGCACCUCCGUCGUGGCCAUUGCGGGCAACGGCAACGGCCGCCUGGGUCUCGGCAUCGCCAAGUCGACCGAGGCGGGCCUGGCCGCCGAGACGGCACAGCUGCUUGCCAUUCGCAACAUGAAGCCCAUCCGGCGCUACGAGAACCGCACCAUUUUCGGCAACGUCAAGGCCAAGGUGUCCGGGACGGUUGUCGAGCUUUUCUCCCGACCACCCGGCUUUGGGCUUCGUGUCCCCCACCGCCUCUUUGAAAUGUGCCGCGCCGCGGGCAUCCACGAUAUACACGGCCGCAUGCCGCGGUCCAAGAACCCCAUGAACUCGGUCAAGGCGACGUACGAGGCGCUCACAAGCCAAGCUGAUCCCGAGGAGAUUGCUAUAGGCAGGGGCAAGAAGAUGGUUGAUGUGCGAAAGGUGUAUUACGGGGGUGCUGUAUACUAG